ACAUCCUUAUUGGGUUUAUCUGCAAUCGGGUUUUAUCUUGUCCAGAUCGGUCUGCUACGUGAUUGCUACAUGCCACUGUUUUGCUGUCUUUUCAAUCCAUUGACCUUGUGUCAACUUGAAUUUAUAAUUAGUGGUGGUGUAGUGGUAAUAUAA